UUUAAUCUGUAAAAAAACACCCCAAAGAAUGUCUUCUGGACCAGACGCUGGUGACCGUUCCAGGUUUGCCAAACUGGGAAUGGCAAUAAACGAAGAAUUAACCCAGGCCUGUAGAGAUGUCUUAGAAAUGGAGGUACCUCCGGGGCUUGUCUAUAACAAAGUGAAAUCGUCAUCGGUUUAUAAAAACAUACGCCCCGAGCAAGAACUUCGUCUUAUAGGUGCCAAAACAGAUGGUUAUAAACAAUUUGAUAUUACAUUGUUAUAUACUCUGAUACGAAACGUAUGUACAAAGAUUCCUCGUCCAACAAAAGGUUGGGGUGGAAACACGAUGCCGGCAAUCGGACAAAUAACGACCGGUGAUGACGUUGAGAGAAUCAGAUUGUUACGAAACAGCAUGUUUGGACACAUAAGCUCGGCUUCUACCUCAAAGACAGAUUUUGAUAACACGUGGUCAGUCAUAACAGAUAUCUGCCAAAGAUUGCAAACGUGCACAAAGAAAGACUACAUUUCUGGUCUUAGUAACAUUCAAAGACAGACCUUGGAAGAGGAAAACGAAACAACAGUCAUAGAAAAACUUAGAGAAGAUUAUAAGAAUAACCAAUGUUUAAUGGAAAAGAUGUCUUUCUUGGAGCAGGAUUUGUUAGAGUCGAAAUUAAAAUCGGAAAACAAAGAAAAUACACUGGUAAAAGACAUUCUGCAGAAUUGGCAAGAAGAAGACAUUGCCUUCAUUCCUACAAGAGCAAGUGAAGUGGUUGAGGAAAAGCUUAAAAGUCAGAACCUAAUCGCGCUGGUUGGUAAUUCUGGUUCCGGAAAAUCUGCAAUAAUUCAACAUAUUGCUCUCAAGUAUAAAGAGCGUGGAUGGAAUGUCAUACCGGUGAAUAAGGUGGAAGAAAUAAAAACGAUCUGUUCAAAUGGAGUCUCAGAAACUCGGUUUUUGUUCGUUUUCAAUGAUCCUUUAGGUAAGGAAUCUUUGGAUGAAAUUUCAUAUCAUUCAUGGAAAAGUUUUGAGGAAAUGCUAGAGAUGUGCUUGAAGAGAAAUAAAUUAUUGAUUUCAUGUAGACGAUGCGUCUUUUAUGACAAGAGAGUCAAGGGUAUCCUAGUGGAUGAAUCUACUGCAGUAGAAAUUGACAACGAAGAAAAUGGGCUCACGGUUGAAGAGAAAAGAGCAAUUUUUUACCAGUAUUCACAGAAUAUGAAAUUAACCCAAAAUAUUGAAACUGAAAUACUCAAAACAGAUGCUUACUUUCCAUUGCUUUGUAAGCUUUUUUCAAGGGAGGCAAACUACAAAGAAAAAGGAGUUGAUUUCUUUAAAAAUCCGUACAAAUUUAUUAAACGGGAAAUUGAAAUUUGGAAGAAAACAGACAAAAAGAAAUUUUGCUCUCUUAUGUUGAUUGUAGCUUUUAAAAACAACCUGAAAAUAGAUACCAUUGUAAGAAGCGAUAUUUCCAUGAUGAAAUAUAAAGAAAUUUUAGGAAUGUGUGAGUUACAAGAAAACACACAUAUUUCAGUCAUUCGCAGCACUCUAAAUGAAUUGAAAGGAUCUUAUGUUAAACGUGUCGGACAUGGCUUCCAAUUCCUUCAUGACUUUGUUAUGGAGAUAACGACUCUAGUAUUUGGUAUUGAUUGUCCACAAGGGACAAUGCAGUACGCUGAUAGUGGUUUUCUACGACGCGGAGUGAGGAUAGAGGACGAUACAGAAGAAGAAGAUCGCGAUCCCUUCACUGUUUACCUGCCUGAAGAGUACAUUGGUGAUCUUGUGGACAGGUUUAUCAUUGACAUGCAAACAGAACGACUUAUAGAUGUUCUACUCAAUCCAUGUUUAAGGAAAGAGAGUGUCAUAAAAACCUUUAAAGAAAAAGUUGAUUCACUUGAAAAACUACUUGUCAGAAUAAAAUGGAAAAUAGACAGAUCGGAAUUUCCAAACGCAUUUGAAGGCGCUGGUUUGUCAAAAAUUCGUUUCCUUGAUUGGAAAGAUGAAAUAUGCCCCUUGGUCGGAUUCAUUAUUUUUUGUCAUAAUGAGAUUUCUUCAUUUUUCUUGAAAGGUAUCUCUGAAACGAAGUUGAAAGAAUAUCCUAUAUUUUCUGCAUUGUGUGCAAAUAGCGAUUUAAACCUAAUAGAUUAUCUCAGCGAGGAAUAUAAAAAAGCAUCAAUAAUGGAAAUGUGGGGUAGUUAUUUACCAAUUCACAUUGCUUCUGUAUUCCAUAAUUUUUCAAUAAUUCAAGAAUUAGUAAAGUUUGCUGCCAAUGUCAACAAGUUUACAACUUAUGGGAACUGGACUCCAUUAAUGUUAGCUGCUGCAAAUGACGACGAACAUUUGAGAGAGACUGGACUUCAUACAAAAGAGGGAGAAAGACGUAAUAAAACCAUUCUUUGCCUAUUAAACAACGGUGCCGACAUCAAUCUGUGUAAUAAGAAUGGAUCAAGCCCUCUUCUUGGAGCUUGUGAAUUUGGGAAUGAUAGCACCGUACAACUGUUACUGAACAAAGGAUCCGACAUCAAUUUAAGUAACAAGAAUGGAUUCAGUCCUCUUUAUAAAGCUUGUCAAAAUGGACAUGCUAGUACGGCACAACUGUUACUGAGCAACGGUGCCGACAUCAAUUUAUGUAACAAUAAUGGAGUCAGUCCUCUUUAUAUAGCUUGUCAAAAUGGACAUGAUAGCACGGUACAACUGUUACUGAACAACGGUGCAGACAUCAAUUUAUGUGAGAAGAAUGGAGCCAGUCCUCUUUAUAAAGCUUGUAAAAAAGGAUAUGAUAGCAUUGUUCAGUUCUUACUGAAAGGCGGGGCCGACAUCAAUUUAUCUUGUUACAAAGAGCAUGUUAACACGGUACAACUGUUACUAAAGAAUGGUGCUUACAUCAAUUUAUGUGAUAAUGAUGGAACCAGUCCUCUUUUUAUAGCUUGUUACAAAGAGCAUGUUAACACGGUACAACUGUUACUGAACAACGGUGCUGACAUCAAUUUAUGUGAUUGUGAUGGCUGCAGUCCCCUACAUGCAGCUUCUCACAAUGGAUAUGAUAGCAUUGUUCAAUUGUUACUGAACAACGAUGCCGAAAUUAAUUUAUGUAACAAGAAUGGAACCAGUCCUCUGUAUGUAGCUUGUCAGAAUAAACAUGAUAGCACGGUACAACUGUUACUGAAAGGCGGGGCCGACAUCAAUGUAUGUAACAAGUAUGGAGCAAGUCCCUUUUAUUUGGCUUGUUACAAUGAGCAUGAUAGCAUGGUACAAUUAUUACUAAAUAAAGGUGCCGAUAUCAAUUUACGUUGUGAUAAUGGACCCAGUCCCCUUUAUUUAGCUUGUUAUAAUGGACAUGAUAGCCUGGUACAACAGCUAGUGAACAACGGUGCCAACCUUAAUUUAAGUGAUAAUGAUGGAGUCAGUCCUCUUUAUAUGGCUUGUCAAGGUGGACAUGAUGACAGAGUACAACUGUUACUGAGCAAUGGUGCCGACAUAAAUUUAUGUAAUAAUUAUGGAGUCAAUCCUCUCCACGUUGCUUGCUAUUAUGGACAUAUUAGCACGGUACAACUGUUGCUUAAAAACGGCGCAAAUAUCAGUUUGUGUGACAAAAGUGGAGCAAGCGCUUUGUGGAUUGCUUGUCUAAAUGAACAUGAUACCACUAUACAACUGUUACUGGAUAAUGGCGCAGACAUCAAUUUAAGUGAUAAUAAUGGAACUAGUCCUCUUUAUAUGUCUCGUCAAAAGGGAUAUGACAGCACGGUACAACUGUUACUUAACUAUGGCGCUAACAAAAAUUUAUGUGAUAAUUAA